AUGUCACGGAAAAGGAGCCACGAGGACGUCUCGGAAGAUAUCUUUGUGUACUAUGAGAACACAGACCUAUCCUCCAUCCCGACAAAAGUUACCUCAUUACGGAUUCACAGCUCUGUCAAAACGAUUCCACCUUAUGCGUUCAGAGGACGAGGAAACUUGGUCAAUGUAGAAUAUCCAGAGGGAUUGCAAGUCAUUGGAGAGAGCGCUUUCUGUUCUUGCCAAAGUCUACGAGAACAACAGUUUCCAUCGACUCUUGUCGAGAUAGGUCCAGAGGCCUUCAAUGAUUGCUAUGAGCUCGAAGUCGUCGGAAGCUUUCCACUGAACCUGAAGCUCAUUGGGCAAUGUGCAUUCUUUCAAUGCACAAAUCUACGAAGCAUUGAAAUCCUAAGCGGCGCUUGUAACCUGCAAAAGAGCGUGUUUUCAGCUUGUUACAGGUUGACACAUGUUCGGCUGCCUCAAGGACUAGUCAUCAUACCGAAGUGCUUGUUUCACGGUUGCAAAUCGCUGGUUGACGUACAACUUCCUUCUUCGUUAAUCGAGAUUGGAGGUGCCGCCUUCAAACUUUGCAGACUUCUUGCAACGAUAGAACUUCCCAUUGGAUUGAAGAUUAUUGGAUCCGGUGCCUUCACCAUCACUGGAUUUAAAACCUUUCAUUUCCCUUCUACGGUGGAAACCAUCGGCGAAGGCGUCUUAUCUGAUUGCAAAGAGCUCGAAUCUGUCACCCUACCACCCAAGCUAGUAACAAUUCCAAACGAAAUUUUCAAAGGUUGCCGCAAAUUGAAGGAUGUCUGCCUUCCAAAAUCGGUUGCCCAUGUUGGAAAUUCGGCUUUUGAAAAUUCCGCCUUGACUAAUUUAGACUUUUCUCAAUGUAACUUGACCAGCAUUGGAGAUUGCGCUUUUGAAAGUUGCCGGCUGACUGAUUUGGACCUCUCGCAAUGCAAUUUGACCAGCAUUGGGAGGCGCGCCUUUGCUGGCUGUCGGCGACUCAAGAAGAUACUUCUUCCAAGAACAAGUCUAAAAACGAUUGAAGUUGGGACCUUUCAAGAGUGUAUUCUCUUGACGCAUCUUUGGAUUCCGCCAACCGUCGAAUGCAUUAAAACCGGUGCGUUUGGGAAAUGUUCCUCAUUGCUCUCCGUGGAACUACCCGAAAGCUUGAACCGGGUAGGGUUUGUUGGUCAAUAUCUAAGUAUAAGUGGAUACAACUCUCUGGUCAACUUUUGGCUUCCUACAUCACACGAAUUAGAGAAUGCUAGACGCCACUAUUUCAUGGAAAAUCUAAAGCUAGGAGAAGCUUCGAAUGGUUAUGAAGAUCUGGUCAGCAAGCUGAAACAACGAUUCGACUGCCUUCCACUUCACCGGGCUUGCUAUUUUCAGAGCUAUCAUACACUACAAGACAAUAUUGACAGCAUUCAGGGUAUAGUGAAGGCUGAUCCAGAUGCUUGCAGCAAAGUGGAUUUCGCUGGAAUGACUCCAUUCCAUGUCCUUGGGUUAUCCCAAAUGCCGUGCCCGCACAUGUUUCAAUUGCUUCUUUCGGUAGUACCCUCUGUGGAUGUAGUUAUACGAUCUCGAGAUGUCUUUGGAUACUCACCGCUGGACUACCUAUGCAAUAAGCAUUCAACAACAGCACUGAAUGUGGCGAAAUCAUUGCUUCGAAGCAUCUUCAAGCCCCGAGUAGCAUGCAUAGGAUUGGAUCGCUGGAGGGAAGAGCUUCAAACUGAUUUAGAAAUGAUCGAAGCUUCAGAUACUGCGUCCAUUGUUCCAAAUGUCGCUUCCUUCCGCCGGAAUCUGGCAGUGCACGAGCGGAUGGAGGUGCAGUCGUUGCUGGAAAUCGCUGUAUGGAGGAUGAAAGUAAAGGAACAAUCGAUGGGAUUACAUCAAGCUGGGGAUGGCGCUGCAAUUGCAUUGUGGAAUCAACCUAGUGCUGACCAAUGUGAUGCCUUUCAUGCGCACAAGAGAACCAUUGAAAUUUGA